AUGGAUACACCUUUGAUGAUAGGUGGCGACAUCACGAUAGGACAGCUCAUGAAGGAUGAGGAGAUUUCCUUCAAAGAGGCUGUUGGUGUCGCUCUGCGUCUUCGCGAGGAAACCAAGGAAUUCCUUGCUACCACUGCGCCUGCAGCCCCCAAGCGCAAGGCCCCCAUCGGUGGAGCCGAGGCCACCACAAGCGAGGACAAGGCUACCGCAAGCAAGGUCGAGCCCGCAAGCAAGGUCAAGCCCACACGCAAGGUCAAGGACACCACAAGCAAGGUCAAGGACACGACAAGCAAGGUCGAGCCCACAAGCAUGGUCGAGCCCACAAGCAAGGUCGAGCCCACAAGCAAGGUCGAGCCCACAAGCAAGGUCAAGGACUCCACAAGCAAGGUCGAGCCCACAAGCAAGGUCAAGGACUCCGCAAGCAAGGUCAAGCCCACAAGCAAGGUCAAUCCCUGCAAGCUGGCCUCUCCGCACCUUGCAGUAGCUACUGAGAAGCCUGCAGCUCCUGAAGACCGUGAGCCUAUCGAGCCUAGCCCGCAGCUCAAGGCUUUCUGGGACAAGUACAAAGUUUCCAAGAAAGCAGAUGUGGUAGAGGAUGCUGUGCCUGAGACCCUCCCCCUGUCCGAUCAUGAGGAGGUGUCACCCAGGCUUUUGCGUCUCCGUGCGACGACCGACUUGGGCGACAGCCUGCCUUCAGAGGAUGUGAAUCCACUCCCUCCUGUUGCUGUUCGCCGUGGAUGGUCAUGUGGAACUUUGCAUGUGGCUGACCAGCAGCUGAGCAAGCAACGGGGUGUUGAUACAGCUGAGACUGUGGUCAUGGAGAAUGCUUCCCAAGUUCUUGCAGGGCUGGGAGGGUCUGUGUCACAGACUGGCUCCUCAUCCUCGUCGGCGGAAUGCUUGAAGCUUCAGAAAAUGAUCGAACAGAUGCAGCUGUACCAGGCUACAUUGGUGAAGCAGCUGCAUGCAAGCGGGCAGGAGGUGCCUGCAGAGCCCAGCUCGGAGGCCACGGCCACGGUCCCUACGGAGGGCCCCCCACGCGUGGAGGCUCCUGCUCCAGUUGUCCCGGAGCCUGAGGAUGAUGAUAUGGAUGGUCGUUCCAUGUCCACCGACGAGGCCGGGGACGAUGUUGAAAUGUCGGGUGGAUCCGAUGACAAAAAAGAGGCUGCAGAGCCCCAUGAUGAGCUGGAGGAGGCGCUCUGCAAGGAGUUGUCUGCUCUUGACCGCUCCCCCGUGGCGAAGCCUGUGGAGAAGCCUGACAAGACGAAGAUUGUGGAAGAGGCUCCUGUGAAGGGCAGGGCCCCCCGGGCUGUCGAAGACAGCCAGCCGUCCUCGGAGCGCAUCUUUGCAACACAGUCGGUGACAUCCAGUCCGGCUUCCUCACCGGCACACCCGACACCGGCUGCAAAAGCCAAGGAGGCUCCCGAGGAGGAGGACAUCAUCAACAGCCGCACCCACAAGCGUGAGUACAUGGUUCUGGUGCCUUUCUGUGUGAUCGUAGCUUUUGUAUUGGCUGUUGGGGUUUUUCUGUUUAGCUCCCGAAGCUUUGGCAGUUUGUGGUAA